AUGAAGCUGGUCCUGGUCUUCGUGCUGGCCGCCAUCCCCAUUUGCUGCUAUGCCAGCAGUUCUGGCUGCCAUGCAAUGGAUGACAUCAUUGCACAGACUAUUAACUCAUCAGUGUCUGUGGCUGAUUAUCAGGGCGUGGUUAAGUCAUACGCACCUCUUCCUUUCGACAAAAAGGCUGUGAGCAAAUUGAAACAAUGUUUCCUAGACCAGUCUGAGGAUACUCUGACCAAUGUUAAAGUGAUGGUGGGAACCAAGUUUAAUGUGCAGUUACUCUCUUUCUUUUCUGCAUCUCCUCCUGUCUGCCUAAACACCCUUCUUCUAAUAGUCUACAACACAUCCCUACAGACUGAUGAGACCUGCUUUAGGCCCACAUCAGAUGCUGUUUUGGCACCUCCUAAGGGUAGUAUUGUCAUGUCCUUGGAAAAACUGGGUCUGGUGGCUCAUCCCAGUGAUCCAAGUUAG